AUGGACAAUCUAGUAUCAAUAUUAAGUAGUUAUGAUUUUGAUCAGCUACAGAAAUAUUUAUAUGAUAGAUCUAAACGAACGAAAGAAAUAACUAUAAUAGCGCAUGAGAAGAAACUUAAAAAGCUUAAUAAUGGACCAUUAGGUCAAGAUUACGAAUCCCUUAAAACAAAACUCGUUCAUAAUAUAUCAUCGUAUACUCUCUCUUCAGCUGAAGAACGUAUUCUAUGUCGAGGUUGGGAAUUUUGUAUUGAAAAUAAAUUAACAAAUUUUAUUGAAUUUAAAACCGACAUUGAAUUAGGUGUAAAGAAAUUAGAAUCUAUAUGUCAUCCUAACGUCUUUACUAAUAUUUGUCGGAAGAUAAACAAUUAUUCAGAAGUAUUAAUUAAUACAGUUAAGAAGAAGAAAAUUAGGAAUAUAUGCGAUGAGGAAUUUAAUGCAUUACAAACAUUAAAGAAUAAUAAGAAUAUAAUAAUUUGUCGGGCCGAUAAAGGCAAUUGCAUAGUUGUACUUAAUAAGGAAGAUUAUAUUGAAAAAGCGGAAGAAAUCUUAAAAUUAAAACAAUUCAGACACACUGAUAAAUCAUUAUUAAUAGAAAAAGAAAAGAUUAUCAAUAAGUAUAUAUUGAAAUUAUUUAAGGAUAAAAUUAUUGAUAAACAGCUAUACUGGCGUAUACAUUCUACGUCUUCUUCUCUAGCCACUAUGUAUGGGCAACCAAAAAUCCAUAAGAAUAAUUAUCCCCUUAGACCUAUCAUUUCUUCUAUUGGUUCUUACAAUCAUGAACUAUCAAAAUAUCUUGCUGAACUGAUUAGAAAUAAUCGAACAUCAUUAUCUUUCUCGUUUAUCCGUGAUUCAUUUGAUUUUGUUAGAAAAAUAUGCGGAAUUAAUAAUAGUAAAGAUCAAAUUAUGAUUAGCUUUGACGUUGAUAGUCUCUAUACUAAUGUUCCGGUGAAUGAAGCAAUCGAUAUAACAUUAGAUAUGUUAUUUAAAAAAUCAUCUCCACCACCUAUACCUUUUAAUCGGUCUCAACUUAAAGAAUUAUUAGAAUUAGGUGUUUGUAACGUACCAUUUCGAUUCUUACAGAAAAAUUACGUGCAAUGUGAUGGAGUAGCCAUGGGCUCCCCUUUAGGACCCAUAUUAGCUGAUAUAUUUAUGUCUAAUCUUGAAAUUAAAUUAAAUAAGUUCUCAACUAACAAACCAUCUUUAUGGAUACGCUAUGUUGAUGAUAUCUUCUGCAUUUUUACGAAACAUCAAAACGUUAAAGAUUUUUUGAAAAGGAUUAAUAAAUGGCAUCCUAACAUAAAUUUCACUCCAGAGCACGAAAUUGAUGAUAAAUUAGCAUUCUUAGAUGUUCUCGUUAUUCGUGAUAAUAAAACUGAUAAAUAUGUCACCACUCUAUAUAGAAAACCUACCAACACUAGUUUAUAUCUUUUAUAUGAUAGUAACCAAUGUCGUAAAUAUAAAGUAGGAUUAAUCCGCACACUAGUAAUUCGCAUUUUACUCAUCUGCUCAACUAGUACUCAUAAAGAUAAUGAAUUAACACUGAUGAAAGAGACAUUAAAAAUUAAUGGAUAUCCACAACAUCUAAUAAGAAGAGGAAUACGAGAAGGACAAGCUAUUGUUAAUAAAAUAUUAAAUAAUACUCAUAAUAAACAACAGAACUCGCCUAUUAAGAAUAACAUAUUUCUUACACUUACGUAUUAUGGGUUAGAGUCAGAGGUUUUAGCACAAAGAAUUAGAAAGAUUUGUCGUCGAUAUUUACCUCUUGUCAAUGUUAAGAUAGCUUUCAAGAAAACGUUUACACUUAAGAAGAUAUUCUUACCUAUACAAAAAGGUGUUGAUGAAACGAAAAAUGAUAGAAAAUUAGUUUAUAAAAUUCCAUGUAUUAAUUGCAGUAAAUGUUAUAUUGGAGAAACUAGACGUGAAAAAUCUACAAGAAUGAAAGAACAUCAAAAAGACAUUAGGAAAUUGUCAGACUCAUCGAAUAUAGUAAAACACGUUACUGAACAUAAACAUUCCUUUAAUUUUAAUCAAGCUGAAACACUAUCUCAAGAAAACGAUUGGAAGCGCCGAAUAAUAAAAGAAAGUCUAUAUACUCAUCAAUCAUUAGGUCAAUCACUUAAUGAUGUAAAAUUUAAAUUAAAUGUUUUCGGAUAA